CUCUUACUAACUUUAUCCCAAGUUCACGCUACAGCUGAGAAUUAUUCCGAUGGCUUCUCAAGAUCCUUUCGAUUCCGCACUCGACCUUCUCCGCCGUCUUAAUCCGAAAUAUACGGCAAACAAUGUCAAUGCUCUUAUCAAUCUUGUCCCAGACUUGACCGAAGACCUCUUGUCAUCCGUAGAUCAGCCCCUUCAGGUCCAACGCUGUAAGAAGACUGGGAGGGACUAUCUUCUUUGUGACUACAAUCGUGAUGGAGAUUCUUACAGAUCCCCAUGGAGCAACGAAUUUGACCCCCCUCUCACAGACGGUACUCUACCUAGUGAAAGGGUUAGAGGGAUUGAAAUUGCUGCUAACGAUGCCUUCGACAUUUACCGGGAACUGUAUUAUGAAGGUGGUGUUUCAAGUGUCUACUUCUGGAACCUUGACGACGGGUUUGCCGGUGUAGUUUUGCUCAAAAAAUGCAUGUACCAAUCCUUUGUUUCAUCUGCCAAUGAAUCAACUGGUUCUUGGGAUUCAAUUCACGUUUUUGAAGCUACCGACAGGGCCCGAAUCUCCCAUUACAAGCUCACUUCUACGGUUAUCUUGAAUAUGAUUAAUGGAGACGAAUCCCUAGGGGAGAUGGAUUUGAGUGGAAACAUGACUCGGCAGGUUGAACAAGAUAUGCCUGUUGGAGACGAUUCUUCGCAUAUUGCCAACAUCGGAAAGUUGGUCGAGGAUAUGGAGUUGAAGAUGAGGAACCUACUCCAGGAAGUUUACUUUGGAAAAGCGAAGGAUGUAGUUGGCGAUUUAAGGAGUAUUUCGUCCUUGACCCAGCAGGAGAAGGACAGGUCCAUGCACCAGGAAAUGAUUUCUUCCAUGAGCAAGCGAUAAGGGAUAUGUAUAUCCCACAGCACGGACCGUGCAUCGUUUCCCAUAGAAAUACCCAACAAAAUAGCCUCUUCUCACAAAGAUGCAAUACGAAGAAAUGAUAACACUUCCGCUUUGAAUAAAAAAGAAACCUUUCUCCUA